UGGGUACUGUAAUUUCAAUUCAUUUGUGUUUUGCAAUCAAAAGUCAAAAGUUGAGGGAGACAAAACAUAAACAAAACAAAAGGAUAGGAAGUGAGUUUCCGCUGGUCUUUUUAAUCAAGGCCAAUGAUCUCUUAUAAAUAAGAAUCAAAUUCUUCAUCUAAAAUUCCGACAGGAAGAUAAUCAUGUGUUCAAUAGUGACACACUGACGUGUCCAAAGAACUAGCUAUAAUAUAGUAACCUUAUUUUAGCCAGGCCUACAUAAUAAAAAGGCAAGGCCCAAAAAGGCAAGCUCUCCGUCCAAAGCAAGCACGACUCAGCGGACCGUACCCGAGAAGACAGGCAUGCUUCGAUAUUUUCGUCUGGGCUUAGGCCUGCAAACCCUUUACCUGUCACUUCUUUUUAUAUGCUUUUUUGUUGUAGUUUCAGAAACAUCAAAAUCUGAAAAACCGAAUGUGCUUUUCAUCGUCAUAGAUGACCUCCGUCCUGCUCUCGGCUGCUUUGAUGACAGAAUUUUGACUCCAAAUAUUGAUCAGCUUGCCCAACAGUCGGUGAUAUUCACUCAAGCCUAUGUCCAGCAAGCUGUAUGUGCCCCAAGUCGCAUCUCGUUUUUGACAAGCAGACGGCCAGACACAACUAAACUGUACAACUUUAAAUCCUACUGGCGAACAUUUGCAGGCAACUACACAACUUUACCGCAGCAUUUCAAAGAGAAUGGAUAUUUCGCAGCUAGUGUUGGAAAAGUUAUGCAUCCAGGUAAAGCGUCAGGGGGAAAUGAUGAUUACCCGUAUAGUUGGUCAAUCCCUGCUUAUCACCCACCGACACAACUGAACAAAACAUCUAAGGUUUGUGAGAAUCCAGAUGGGACCCUCCAUGAAAAUUUGAUCUGUCCUGUUGAUGUUGCAAAGAUGCCCGGCAAAUCGCUACCGGAUAUACAGAGCACGGACCAUGCAAUCGAAAUCAUCAAGAACAUUUCUAAACUGACAAAAACUAGCAAAAACUUUACACAACCGUUCUUUUUAGCCGUCGGCUACCGUAAGCCACACGUACCAUUUAAGUAUCCAAAGGAAUAUAAGGAACUGUACCCACUGGAUUCCAUCUGGAUGCCACCCAAUAACUUCUUCCCUCCGGAUCUUCCAACAGUAGCGUGGGAACCAUAUCAGAUGAUGAGGACAAGAGAGGAUGUCAAGAGUUGGAAUAUCAGUUAUCCUUUUGGACCAGUACCAUUAAAAUACCAGCAUCUGAUCCGGCAGAAUUAUUUUGCUGCAACUUCCUACAUGGAUUACGAAGUUGGUAGUCUUUUAUCUGAAUUGGAAAAGGCUGGUUUCGCUGAUAAUACUAUCAUAUCAUUUAAAGGAGAUCAUGGUAAUGCUAUGUUUUAUUUGAAGGGGGAGGGGGAGAGGUAACCUAAAGGGUUGGAAGUAUGCUGUGAAUAUUAAAAUGAAAGAGGGACCUGGGAAAUGUUGAAAACACUGAGCCCUCUGUGGCACAAUUGAGUGCAGACUUGAAGAGUUAAACAACGUGCAAACAAACUAAAGAAACUUGCCUGAGAAAUGGACUAACUUUAGAGAAUGCAGAUGAUAUUAGUAUUACAGAUUUAUAUUUAAUGGUAACUAUUCUUUAUAUUUGAUUCGUUUAAUAAGCAUUAUUUCAUUCUUAAGUAUGCAUACCCUAUCCAAGCUAUUUAUCUUGGGGUACACCCUAGUAACCCAGAUACUCCACCCUAAUAAUAGAUAAUGAUAUCAUUUAAACCUAAUACAUUUGUAUUGUAUAGAACCUUAACUGACAAUGCCAGUGGCAGAUUCCCCACCCCUUAUAUUUCAAAAUUAUAAAAAAAUUGAAGGAAAAAAUGAAAUUAUAUUCAAUUUUAAAUGUAAGGGUGCCAUAUCCAGCCACCUACAGGUGCCAUAAUCAUACAUUUU